AUGGGUGCCUCUUUGUCUCGCGGCCGACCAAACAAAGGGCAGAGCAAGAAAUCCAAGAGGGCAGUGGCGCCAGUAGCAUGGCCUGUGUCACCUUCUUCCAUGCAGCAGACAACUUUCAAGUGGAGGAUCGAUGGUUUCUCAUCUCUUCUUGACAAAGAUGAAGGAUGGAUCCAAUCUAGCGUGUUUGGGAUCAGCGGGCUCAACUGGUAUUUAAAACUGAAUCCAAGGGACAGAAAGAGUGGCGAUGAAAGUGAAUAUGUUUCUCUUAGGCUUAGGCUGGACGAUUGCUCUGUGAGAUCGGACACAGUCGUGGAGGCAUCUUUCAAGUUCCUUAUUUAUGAUCAGUCAUAUGGAAAGCACUAUGAACACCAAGUGAGCCACACUUUCCAGACUGAGAGCACAAGCUCUGGGACCUCAUGCAUGAUUCCACUCGGGACACUGAAGGAACAAUCCUCUGGGUUCCUCAUCGGCAAUAGCUGUGUAUUCGUUGUGGAGUUCAUCAAAGUUGUCACUUCUAAAGCUAAUGAUACGAUAGAGACGUUGUUUGUCCAGAAGACGAAGAACACCUUCAGUGAUCCCGAUGUCUACACCUGGAACAUUGAGGACUUCUUUGCGCUGAAGAGUCGGGACUAUUCCCCAAAUUUUGAAAUCAGUGGACACAAAUGGUACAUCACUAUCAAACCAUCCGGAACCGGUGACAAUGGGAACUUCCUCUCCUUGACCCUGAACAUGAAGAAGCCACAUACACUUCCUCAGAACCGUGCAAUCCUUGUAGAAUUUAGCAUAUGCAUCAAAGACCAGGAAACUGGCAAGCACAAGAAACAAACAGGACGGUGCCAGUUCGGAGAGAAUUCUACCAAAUGGGGAUGGAGCAAGUUCAUAACGCUGGAAAAUUUCAAGGACCCUUCAUAUGGUUAUCUGGUGAAAACAAAGUGUUGUAUUGAAGUUGAGGUUGCAGUCAUUGGUUCCUCAAAGAUGGAUCCAAUCACUGGUUCCUCAAAGAUGGAGUAG